AAGUCGAUGUGUUCAUUGGCGGUGGGAGAAUCGAGCUCCCUGCAAGCACAGCAGACAUUUCUUAGAGGUUGCGUUCCGUUUUUUGAUGAAUUUAAAGCAACACCGCGAUUUGAAGCUUUAGCAAUGAUCUGUAUACUGCUGGUGGCCGGUCACGGCACGCUGCUGGAGACACAAAUUAAGAAUGACGACACAGGCCUUUACAGCCAACUGGCUGGAGUACCUAAGGCCUUGCUUCCUGGCAUUGGAGGAAAGAAGAUCCUUGACUUUUGGUGGGAAAACGUCAACACGCGGCAGCUCUUCACAGAGGUCUAUCUGGUCACCAAUGCAGACAAGUAUAAGCACUACGAGCGCUGGGCCACAGCUAACGAUUUCCCAGUGGAAAAUGUAAUAAAUGAUGGCAGCACUACUUUGGAGGACCGUCUUGGGGCCGUGGCUGACCUGGAGCUGGCCAUACGUAGCCGCAAGCUGCAGGAUGACAUCAUGGUGAUUGCUGGAGACAUGCUGUGUGCAGACCAGAACUUUGACAUUGGUCAAGUGAUCCGCUUCUUCAGGUCAAAGCCUGGAGAGCUGAUCAUAUACUAUGAGCUGGAGGAAAGUGAGAAAAGCAGCUCCAGGGGUAUUGUAGAGGUCUGCAAUGACACCCAUAGGAUAACUCGUUUCUUGGAGAAACCCCAGGAGGGACUGACAGCAUCGCGGUUGGCCAGCGUGGUGUUUUACUGCAUCCAGAGGGACACGCUGUCCCACAUGUCUGACUUCCUCAGCCUGCUGCCCCAAGCCAAAAACAGGAGCUUUGGACGUUUCUGGGAGUGGAUCAUCAAUGAGAAGCAGCAGGAUGUGUUUGGUAUGAAGCUUCCCACAGGCUUCCAGCUCAUUGGACAAGUGGGCCUGUCAGAUUACACCAAGUGGCUCACCCACUAUUCCACCAAGCAGCAAGACAACCCCGCUAAACCAAUCACCUGCAGAUCGUACGCCAGGGUGGGGUUAAUGGGGAACCCGUCAGAUGGCUUCAAUGGGAAAACCAUUGCUAUGACCAUCUCCAACUUCUGGGCCGAGGUCACUCUGGUGGAGAGCCAGACUUUGGUUUUAGUGCCCCAUCCACUCAACGACCCCACAGAGUUUGGGAGUUUGCAAGACCUGUUCUGUAUCAGCAGGAAGGAAGGGUACCUGGGAGGUCUACGUCUGCUGCAAGCCACGUGUAAGAAGUUCUACCAGUUCUGCUCCAAACAGGGUAUUGCUUUGACAAAGCAGAACUUCACGCUGAAGUAUGACACCAACAUUCCUCGUCAAGUGGGUCUUGCUGGAAGCAGUGCCAUUGUCUCAGCUACCUUGAAGUGUCUCAUGAAAUUCUACAACAUCACAGAAAGUGAUCUUCCUAAACCAAUUCGAGCCAACUUCAUCCUCAACGUUGAGACAGAUGAGCUGUUCAUUACUGCUGGCCUGCAGGACAGAGUUGUGCAGGUCUAUGAAGGAUUAGUCUACAUGGACUUCAGCAAGAAGCUCAUGGAUGAACAGGGCUAUGGCAACUAUGUUUCUUUGGACAUGAAUAACCUUCCACCGUUAUGGCUAGCCUACCUCAGUGACCCCAGUGACUCUGGACGCAUUCACAGCAACAUCCGCCAACGCUGGCUCAGUGGGGAGCAGAUGGUCGUUGAAGCUAUGAAGACAUUUGCUGAGCUCACCGAUCAGGCAAGAGUGGCUCUUCAUGACAGAGACUGGAGCUCCUUGGCAGGACUCAUGGACCAGAACUUUGAGCUGCGAAGGACAGUCUACACAGAUGACUGUCUGGGUCCCGGGAAUCUCAAGAUGGUUCAGCUGGCGAGGCAGUUUGGUUCAGCAGUGAAGUUACCUGGCAGCGGGGGGGCCGUGGUGGGUCUUUGUCUGGACCAGGCGAGACUGGUGGAGAUGAGGCAAGCUUUCCAGGAGGCAGGCUGUGUCUUCUGUGUCAUCGCACCAUACGACCCAUCUGCCAGCGCUGUCGGGGGCCAACACUAACCUCACACAGCUCCCCAUGACUCAGCCGGGCCACCGAGGGCCAGCCCGUGGCCAUCGGCUAGAUGGGGCACAGCGUGGCCCUCCGCGUGUCAUGCACAGCCCCAGUGCCAUUUCAGAGGGGCUAUUAUUACAGUGAACAGGCAGGGUUUUUAUCUGCCACACAAAAUUAUGCAAAAGCCAUAAAUGAAGAAAUGAUUAUUGCAGACAUCAUAAUCUUCACUCUGAGGUGAUAGUUUGUGUCAUAUUUUAGCAGAUGGACCAAAUGCAUAUUAGUGCACUUUAUAUACAUGUAAUAAGGAGUCUUUGUGAGUUUUAAACUGGCUGGAUUAAUUGUAUGGACCAUGGGUUUAAUCUCAAACCAUUUGUAUAAUGAAUGUAAUUUUUGUACACAAAUAAAAAGCAUUUAUAACUU